CGGAGGGGCUGAGCGCGAGCUGAGGAGCUAGCCGGCUAGCUAGCGCUGACCAUUGUUGUGUGUUUUUUUAAAAAGACAAAACAACAACGAUUCAAGUAUUUUAUGGUGUUUAAUCAGUAUUCUUUUCACAUACUGGAGCGUUAUACUAUUAACUCUUUUAAAAACGCCCUGUUCGGAGUGUUUCCUUCGGUUUGGACUCGGAAUUGGCGGAAUGGAUUUUAGCUGGCAAGCUAGCUGACAAGCCACCUUCGAGUUGAGCUAGCAUCAAAGUUGGCGAAACUAGCCGAAGCCGGUUUUUAUUGUAGUUUUUUUUAAGUAUAUUUGGCCAAUACUGUGUGAGUAGGUCACCAAGUGGUCGUUUAUAAAGUUUAAGAAAACAGGUGGUGAAAGACAAGAAGUAGGGGGGAGCCGCGGUCGCCUCAGCUGUGUGUGUGUGUGUGUGUGUGUGUGUGUGUGUCCGUCCUUGCGAGAUGUUGUCCAACUCGCAAAAUCAGCUGGUGUUCCCCAACCAGCAGCAGCAGCAACAACAACAACAGCAGCAGCAGCAGCAGCAGCAGCAAGCUCUCCAGCACCUUCAGUUUCACGCCAAACCUGCGCUUCAGAUCAAGAAAAACGCCAUAACAGACGACUACAAGGUCACCAACCAGGUCCUGGGUUUGGGCAUCAAUGGCAAGGUGUUGGAAAUUGUUCAGAAGAAGAACGGAGAGAAGUAUGCGCUAAAGAUGCUGCAGGACUGUCCCAAAGCCAGGCGAGAGGUAGAGUUGCAUUGGCGAGCAUCACCCUGUACUCACAUUGUGCGUAUCAUUGAUGUAUAUGAGAACCUCUACCAGGGCCGCAAGUGCUUACUCAUCGUCAUGGAGUGUAUGGAUGGCGGGGAGCUUUUCAGUCGAAUUCAGGACCGAGGUGACCAGGCGUUCACUGAGAGAGAGGCUUCGGAAAUCAUGAAGAGCAUUGGAGAGGCUAUUCUCUACCUGCACUCUAUCAAUAUAGCACACAGAGACGUCAAACCUGAAAAUCUGUUGUAUACCUCAAAACGACCGAACGGCGUCCUUAAACUCACAGACUUCGGGUUUGCCAAAGAGACGACCACACUCAAUUCGCUGGCCACUCCAUGUUACACUCCCUAUUAUGUUGCACCUGAAGUUCUUGGUCCAGAAAAGUAUGACAAAUCCUGUGAUAUGUGGUCUUUGGGUGUCAUCAUGUAUAUUCUGCUCUGUGGCUACCCACCUUUCUAUUCCAAUCACGGCCUGGCCAUAUCACCUGGGAUGAAGAGGAGGAUUCGAAUGGGACAAUAUGAGUUUCCUAAUCCUGAAUGGUCCGAAGUCUCGGAAGAAGCCAAACAACUCAUCAAGAGGUUGCUAAAGACGGAGCCCUCAAUGAGAAUAACCAUAUCAGAGUUUAUGUACCAUCCCUGGAUCAAUCAGUCGAUGGAAGUGCCACAGACACCCUUGCACACCAGUCGGGUACUGAAAGAGGAAAAAGAUGUCUGGGAGGAAGUAAAGGAGGAAAUGACUAGUGCCUUGGCCACCAUGAGAGUAGACUACGAGCAGAUCAAAAUCAAGACCAUUGAGGAUUCCUCCAAUCCACUGCUAAUGAAGAGAAGAAAGAAAGCCAACAUGGCCUCUGAAAAUCAGGAACCCAACAGCUGAGGGACAGUGUUGGUCUCAAAAUGUAUCCAUCCAAGUGUAGGUUCAGAAAGGUUAUGAAAAGGAAGCAAUAAUUCAUUAAAAAUGGCAGCGUAAGAGGGAAUGGAAAUUUAAAACAGAUUCAGAUCUUAUCUUUUACUGUUUUUUUUUUCUUCUUUUUUUCAGCUUUCUUAAUAAUUGUUUUUAUUCCUCAGUCUUUUUAACUAUUUAAUCACUCUGUCAUGGCAAGGCAUUUAGAAAUUUGGCAGAGCAGGGUUAUGUUUUUUCAGAAAAAGCUUACCUCUGUACUCGUUUAUAUUACUCACUUGGUAUUUCGAUUUAUUGGUGGAAAGACUACAGAAGAGAAGGAUUGUUUUGCCUUUUUAGUUUCCCUUCUCCCACCCCCCUCCGCACCUAAAUCAAAGCCAUUGGUACCUUGGUACUGGUCACAUGCACACCUGUCACUGAUUGAUUAGUUAAUUUCCUAUCAAUUUGUUUUGGAUGUGCAAGCCAAGUUUUUCACUCUCUUAUAAUGGGUUCUUCAUUUUUUGCAUGUGCAUUUUUCUGGUGCUUGUGAUAAAACUACCAGAAGAACUUGCGAUCUUUCUCACCAAGCACAUCCUCCCCCGACUACCCCUCACCACCACCACCACCCCCCACCUCACUCCCCUUUCUCAGAAACACCCCUGCACUUGUAUGCAUUUCGAAUUCUAAUCUGA